AUGCUCCGACCUCCGCCACCACCGCCGAAACCCGCGUCGAAGCCUGACAUACCUUCAACGGCUGCAGAAAUCGCGGAAGCCAUACGCCAUCGCCAGUCUGUGGAGAGCGCGAUCCUACCGCCGUCCUUCUCACGGACUACGACGGAUGACACUAUCCACGAGCAUCCCGAUUCGCGAGCUCCUACGCCGGUAGACACGGUGUCUCACAUGUUCGAUGCCAUCGAUGAGAUCGAAACGCUGGUGCCCCAACGUACGCGAACUACGUCGACCUCUACCACGCAUUCGCGACGCCGCUCUACGCACACUCGCCGAUCUACCGAACACGCCAUCGAGGACGAGCUGUUUGACAUCACUCCUCGACCGGAUCACACUCGCAGAAAGAGCGGUUAUGCGGCAAGCAUUCGCACGACCAAGUCUGCCGAUACCGAGCGCACUGAUCGAAGCGAGCGCACCGACAAAAGUGAGCGCACCGAUAAGAGCGAACGUACCGAAAAGAGUGAGCGGACAGACAAGAGCGAACGAACAGACAAGAGCGAGCGAACCGAGAAGAGCAGCCGCAGCCAUCGGACAGAGAAGAGUGACCGUUCGGAUAAAACCGAGCGCGAAAAGGCUCGUUAUGUGUACGAGACGCGUGGUGCUGCUAUGAAAGCUUUAUAUCCCAACACUCCGGUGAAGGGCUCCCAUGGCAGCGCUAGACACUCCGAGAAGAGUGUGAAGAGCGAGAGAAGGAAGGAAAGAGGCAGCAAGGACUCAACCAAGGAAUCAAACUUGACGAGAGAAUCCCGAGAGUCGAGAGAGGCCAAGAGAGAAUCACGAGAGGUCAAGAGACAAAGGAGUAUCUCCGAUGCUGGCACAUGGGAUACGAACAGCAUCAUGACUCACGACUUUGCGCCUACAACCAUCACGACCAACGCACCCUAUCCUUUCAUGUACGACUCAAGACGAGACUCGAAAGAGUUGAAGCGAGAGUCCAGGGAGAUACGGCGACAACGCAGCAUCUCUGACGCUGGCACUUGGGACACGAGCACUGAGAUCAGUCAGCGUCCUCCACCGACCACGGUCUCGACCAACGUUCCCUAUCCUACAGGAAUGCCUUGGGAGCUGAAGCGAUCACGAAGCAUUUCCGACUGCGGUACCUGGGACACGAGCAGUGAGGUCACUCAACGUGCGCCUCCCACAACCGUAUCGACCAAUGUGCCCUACCCUAUGGAACAACACGUGGACGAGUCGGAACGAUGGUCUAUGCCACCACCUCGCAACUCAAUGAGGAUGGAGGUCUCCGACGACGAAGUGUCUGACACUGGGACCUGGGAUACCAACACUGAGAUCAAUACCCACCGUGCUCCCCCUACGACCGUGUCUACGAACGUGCCCUACCCUUCCUACAACGCUCCUUCUACAAUUAUCUCUACCAACACCCCUCGUUUCACACAGCCUCCUCGACAGCUACGACGACCCAGCGUGUCCGACGAUGACGCGUCUGAUGAUGACGUCUCCGACACUGGGACGUGGGACACCAACACCGAGAUCACUACUCAUCGCGCGCCUCCCACGACCGUCUCCACCAACGUCCCCUACUCAAGCAUAAUGCACCGCCAGCUGAGAAGGCUGAGCGGCAGCGAUACCGGCACAUGGGACACCGCUAGUGAGGUCACUCAGCGUGCGCCUCCCACAACAGUGUCCACCAACGUCCCCUACCCCUCCGCGCAAUUCAGCGACCUUGGCCCAUCGAGCUACCCACCCGGCCCCUUCGAGCAGCUCAAGCGAGUCGAGCAACUCCGAAAGCAGCACGAGCACCACAGUUUCUCUGACGACGGGUCCGACUCCGGCACCUGGGAUACAAGCAGUGAGAUCACUCACGCUAACAACGGGCCUGCUACUGCUACGCAGGUGUCCCAGAACAAGUCCUACCACCGUUCUGAGAGGCCGAGGGCACCAAGGAGACAGACGAGCCCGGCUAUUUCCGAGGCGGGGACAUGGGAUACCAACAGUGUGAUUACGAAUAACGACAUGAAGACGACUGUUUCGACGAAUGUGGGGUAUGCUUCUGAGCGAAGAUCUCGAUAG